AGGUGGCUUAAACUGAAUGGUUCACACUUCGUUGUGAUUAAAUAUACGAGUAAAACAUAAGUCGUCUAACCACAUUUCAUUUAGUAGAGCUCUUGUAACUACACGCCUUAUUGUAAAAUGUAGUGUGUCGCUCUGUACGGAUUAUUAAAAUAAAAUUUUAUUAAUUUAAAAAUGUCAAUCGAUGGUGUGCAAGUAUUGAGUGGUUGCGAGGACCACAACGGUGAGAAAAACGGCUGUCAUUCGACCUCACACGGCUACUCUUUGUCACACGGUUAUCACCAUCCACACAGAAAGGUGUACGAUAAUGAAGAGGAAUAUCUACAAAACGAUUCAAAUGACAAUUUGGAUUCUGUUAGAUAUCCUGAUGGCUCGGUUCGCCUUCGCAACCCGAACAUCGAACUCAUGGAUCAGGAUAUAUUGUACCAUCUGGCCCUGGGAAGUGGUUCCCAUGAUCUCGUAGAGAUGUUUGGGGAUGUUAAGUUCGUAUGUAUGGGUGGUACUCCAAAGCGUAUGGAACAAUUCGCUUAUAACAUUAUGGCAGAAAUCGGACACAAGUUGCCCUGUGGAACCACUCUUCAAGAUAUAAGCCAAUUUUCGUAUCGUUACUCUAUGUACAAAGUUGGGCCUGUACUGUCUAUAAGUCAUGGAAUGGGUAUCCCGUCCGUGGGUAUUCUCCUCCACGAGGUGAUAAAGCUGAUGUACCAUGCGAAGGUCCGUGACCCGGUGUUCUUUAGGAUAGGCACCUGUGGGGGUAUCGGCAAUGAGGGGGGGACUGUCGUUAUAUCGGAGGAAGUGGUGGAUGGAGCACUGCGGAAUGUUCUUGAAGUGAUGGUGCUCGGCAAAACACUUCAAAGGCCAGCCAAAUUAGAUAGAAGAUUGGCGAGGGAGCUUAAAGCCUUGGCGGAUCCCGAAGACCCUUACGAUACAGUCACUGGCAAAACCAUGUGUACUUAUGAUUUCUAUGAAGGCCAGGGUCGUUUAGACGGUGCAUUCUGUGAUUUCACUGAGGCGGACAAGAUGGAAUACCUUGAAAGGGUCCACAAAUCUGGGGUCGUGAAUAUUGAAAUGGAGUCGCUCGCUUUUGCGGCGCUCACUCACCACGCUGGUAUAAAAGCGGCUGUUAUUUGUGUCACGCUGCUUGAUAGACUGAAGGGAGAUCAGGUCUUAGCGCCUAAAGAAGUUCUGGACGAGUGGCAGCAGCGUCCUACGAAACUUGUCUCUCGUUACAUCAAACGAUAUUUGCAAAUGAAAGGUCGCCUUUCUUUAGACGGCCACGGUUCAGUCGCUGUGAAGAGCCCACGACGAUUUAAACUUGUUCAGCAGGAGUCUGAAACUUACGAUUAAAUUAUUUGUCUUGACUCAAAACAUGGAACUAUAAAUGAAUAUUUGUACGUUCAAUGACGAGUUAUUUUAUCAAUGAAGAUGACGUUAGAAAGGCUAGAUUUUACCUACACAGUAUGAAAAUUAGCAUGUGUUUGGGCACUUUAGGUCUGUAUUAAGCAGAUUAUUAAAGUAUUAGAAAUGUCUGUCAUUUGGUUAAUAUUGCACCGAAAAAUUUUACUCGUAUGUUUUGCAUGUAUUGAAUUUAAAUGAUUUGAUGCGAAACGUUAUAUAACGUGUUAAGUUAUGGGUACAAAAUCAAAAUGAUAAUGAAAUGUUUGUGUACUGCCAUUAUUAUCAUAUUCCUUCUAUUACUAUAAGACCCUGUUCUUUUUUCUAUAAGAUUCACGUAUCUCUUACAACUUAUAUUACACACAGUACAUUGUUUGAUUAAACACGUAUAAUUUAAUAUUGGUGGACUUACUGACUUCGAUCAACGAACUGAUUGAUGCCUAUCGCAAAAAACUGUAAAUUAAUAGAAAACUUAUUAUGUAUAAUAGAUGUUGCCGUUUUAUUAUACCGCCGUUACGGAAAAUAUGUAGAUUGCAUUUUAUCAGUGUUGUAUUUUAUAUAAAUAUUAUAGGUAUUUUACUUGGCAUUUUGAAUUUUUUAUCUGAAGUGUUUAUUGAUGGUAAUGAGUUGAAAAGUGAAAUAUACAUAAGUUACUGUUAGAUUAAAAUUACAUAGUAGCGAGAUUGCACUUGUAUUUCUUUUGAUGAAAUUUUAUUGUUGUUUAUAACAGUUUGAAUACGUAUUUUUCUGUGCGUUUAUUGUAGAUUUGUUAUUUCCUAUUAUUAUUAGUAUUUUAUACCAACAUUGAUAUAAAAACAUAUCUCUAUUUCUAACCGAGUUCUAUUCUACUUGAGCAUUUUAUUAUAAAUGUCUUUGACCAAAUACAUUUUUAUGAAUAAGAAAAUUGUGACAGUUAAAGGCUACAACUUGAUAUUUGUUUCCUGCACUGGUUUUAAAUGUAGAUUGCCUAGACACGAUCUACUUAAAAAUUAUUGGAAAUAUUCUGUAUGUACCUAUCUACCCUUAACCGUAUUGUAUAUUUUAUAAAAUUUUCUAUCGUUUUAUUACCACAAUACAAAAUGAUGUUUUAAAACA